UCUGCUGCCAGCUCCUUUGGUGAUGAGUGUCAUUACAGUCCAGAGUGUGAAAAUGGUGACAGCCAACAUGUUACUGAGCGUCUUCUUUCUUUCAGCUGCUUUGGCUGUUUGUCCUGAUGAAGCAGACCUUUUCAUCUCUGCACCAGAGCAGAUGGAAGCACUGAGUGGAUCUUGUCUGCAGAUCCCAUGUAACUUUAGAGUUAAACCAGGAGAGAAAUUCAGCAGCACAGGAACAAUCUCUGGAGUGUGGAUUAAACGUUACCCCCGAUUUGGCCAAUAUUCAAACAUUGUGAUUUUCAACAGCAGCGAGAGGAUUAAUACCUACCCAAUGAGUCUGACUGGAGACCUGAGUGAUAAAAACUGCACCACUUUAUUUUCCAGUUUAAUCACUGAUUACACAGACACAUACUACUUCAGGAUUGAGAAACCAUCAUACAGGGCAACAGCUUCUUGUGAUCCUCUUCAGAUAACAGUUAAAGAUUCUGCUCCGAGGCCCAGGAUGAAUCUCUCAGGUGAUGUGAAUGAUCUGAAGGAGAAGCAGUCUGUCACUAUAACCUGCUCAGCUUUCACUCCCUGUCCACACUCCCCUCCUAAACUCACCUGGACUCUCCAACAAGACCCUCACAACAUCAUGGAGCAAGACACAGAUGGAACCUUCACCACUAAAAUCCAGGAGACCAUCACUCUGUCAGACACACAUGAUGGACUCAGCAUCAGCUGUUCUGCAGGAUAUCCUGUGAAUGAAGGAAAAGAUGUGAAGACAGCAGCAGCAGCAGGAAUCACUCUCAGUGUUUCAUAUGCUCCCAGGAACACCUCAGUGUCCGUCAGUCCAUCAGGUUUGGUGUCAGCAGGUAGCUGGGUGAAGCUGACCUGCUCCAGCAGAGCCAAACCUCCCGCCAGCCGCUUCACCUGGUUCAAGAACAGCAAAGAUGGAGCCGUCAGAGUAGCUGGAGGAGACUCUAACAGCCUUAAUGUCACUGAGGGAGGAGAUUAUUACUGUGUGGCUGCAAAUGCUCUCGGUAAUCAGAUGUCAUCAUGGAUUAAUAUUGAAGAGAACUCUGCUGGCGCUCUAAAAUGGGGUUCAGCUCUUGGAGCGAUCAUCUUCAUCCUGUGCCUCGCCAUCUGUGUUUGGUGCUUGAAGUCCAAAUGUCAAACUCCACAACCAACUCAGAGUCCAAAUGGUGAAGAUCCAGCCAGCAAAAGAGAAGAAGACAUCCAUUAUGGAGAGAUCAGCUUCUCCAAUCAGAGAGCUGAAGCGUCCUCAUCCUCAGAGCAGGACAGUGGACAGCAGCAGGAGACGCUGUAUGCACAGGUCAAAGUGUCCAAGACAGCAGAGAAGCCAGACGUCCCCGAGGAUCUCUACGCUCAAGUGAAGAAACACUGA